CGGCUUCCCGGCGGCAGCAACAGGUGGGGACGGCGCCGGGGCCGCGGCGGAGCCCUAUCGCGGCCGAGCCGCCGCCGAACCGCAGCGCAGCCGGGCACGUUACAUGUGAGCGGCGUUCCGGGAAAUAAUGCCGUGUCAUAUCCCCUCCACCCACCGCCUUCCUCCAGCAAUGGGAGAGGCAUCGCAGGAGCGCAGAGGAGCCACCCUGCUGCCCAGGAGCUGCUGCGGCCACCGGGGAAUCGCCAGCAGCCAUGCUGAGCUGGCUGGGUGGAAGAUGAGCCUCACGACCACGCCGGCAGCCAGCGUCGCCCAGGCUUUCUUCUGCCUCUUGCUGUGCGUCCCCUGGGGCAGCUCCUGCCCCCCGAGCUGCCAGUGCACGGAGCGGGCAGGGGCGAAGGCCGUCCUCUGCAGCUCCCGGCACUUGGAGGAGAUCCCCAAGGACAUCCCCAAAGACGCGGUGUUCCUCAAGCUGGACACUAACAGCAUCACCAGGAUCCCCAGCAAUGCUUUCAGGCACCUCUCCCACCUGGAGGAACUCGAUCUCUCCAGGAAUGCCAUUGAGAAGAUCGACAGGGCGGCUUUCAAAGGAGUGGCUGCCGGGCUGCGUACCCUCGACCUCUCCAGCAACCGCAUCCGCAGCAUCCCCAAGGAGGCCUUGCUGGCGCUCAAUGCCAAGCUCCGGCUGGCCAACAACCCCUGGCACUGCGAGUGCGCCUUGCAGGAGGUGCUGUGGGAGGCGCGGCUGGACCCUGACUCCGUCCAGGACAUCACCUGCCACACAGCCCCACGCGAGGAGUACGUGGGCAAGCCGCUGCUGCAGGUCCUGGAUGCCGGUGUCAACUUCUGCAGCGUGCGCCAGAGGACCACGGACGUGGCCAUGUUCAUCACCAUGUUCGGCUGGUUCACCAUGGUCAUUGUCUACGUGAUCUGCUACGUCCGGCACAACCGCGAGGACACCUGCAAGCACGUGGAUUACCUGAAGUCACUGCCGAGCACCCAGGGCCACGCAGAGACCACCAGCACUGCCCUGUAGCGCAGGAUUCCGGUGCCCUGUUCCCAGAUGUUUUGCAGGGAGCCGGUGGCAACCUGAUGGGCUUCAAAGCUUCUCUGUGGGAUUUUCCAGUGCUUGCUCUGGUCCUGCAAAUGAGUGCCACUGACUUGGUCCCUCCCCAGCGAUGCUGGACUGGAUGUGAGCAAACAACAUGGGGGAGGGAGGCCGGGGACACCUCACGCAGCCCUGCCUAUGGAGCCAAGGUUCCCGGGGAGGAACCCCCCCCACGCAGACCCCUUCUCCCCUGCCAGGGCUGGGUUUGCAGGGAAAGAAGCCCCAGCCACAUGCUCACAGCCCACGUGGUUUGGAGAGAACGAGCCCCUGGGGAGGCAGAUGAAGGUGGGGGCUCUGGUGGGGACGAGAGGUCCCUGGAGCUUGGGGUGCAGAGGGAUGGGUCGCUCUGUGCAGCGGGGUCACCUCGUCCGGGCUCCACUGAGGGACAUCGGCCCCAGCCCCUGCGCAGCAUCUCGGUGGCCUGCGCCUGCCACCAGCAACCCAGGGGUGAUCUCCCAAACUUUGGAUUUCUCAAUAAA